GUGGGGAAGAGGAGGGUCGUGCUGGACUUUAAUAUCCCUUCAAUAAGGCUUUCGGCCCUAUUGGCAAUAAUACGCUGACUUACCGGGUGGAGGCGAGAUCAGCCAUUUUUCUCUGUAAUUGUGUUUUUCGUUCAGAUUCAUCCAUUCGAUUUUGACCGUUCUUCAGAAGAGCAGCGAGGCUAAACGUUAUAAGUUAAAAGAAAAAAAGAAAAAAAAAUGUUUUCAAUGUUUCAAGAGGCUGCCGUUGCAUUUGGUACCUGGGCCUUCAGUAGGGACCCCCCGACUGAAUCCACCUCGUAACUAUCGCGUCGCAAUUUUACAAAUCAUCAACACUAUUUCUAAGAAGAUGACAAAAACACAAAAGAUUUCAAUCAGAUGAAUUCACGACAGACGUGUUUUGCCGGUGGAAGUUGGCGGCAACAAGCUUUGCUCUGACCGACCAGUCAUAGGACAGGAAAAUGCUGAUGUCAUCAAGCGCCGGCGCUCUGGCCCUCAAAGGCCAAUUUGAAAUCCGAUUGGUUCUUAUGAUCUAUGAAUCAAUCAAAUUUGAUUGGUUAAAGAAAUUUAUUACGAAAUCUGGAUUUGAUCCAAAUCAAGCCCUUUUGGGACCUUGUGAAAAGACCCUUUCCCCUACGUUACACACAUUAUCACAAAGUCUGGAUCACUCCCAGAUUCAAAAAUGGGUUUUGAAACCUGCUGAAACGGCCGUUGUCCCGACAUUAAACGGGUAACAGGAGUCUGGAUCACAUCAGGAUCAAACUGGAUUGAAACCUGAUGAAAAAGUCCUUGUCUCUACAUGGUAUUACGGAAUCUGGAUUAGAUCGGGAUCAAACUAUUUAGGAACCUUGUGAAAGACUGUGGCCUCUUUGUUCCGGAGGUUUUCACAGGAUCUGCUUCAAAGCUUAUGAAAGCUUUGAAGGAAAGGAAACGACCUUUGUCUUCGCAUUAUUACAGAAUCAGGAUCAGAUCUGGAUCCGGGACAAUGGCUGUCAGCCUUUAUCAAUGAUUUCUUCAAUUCAGUUUUGUUCAUCUUUUAAAAUGCCAUCAACAAAUUCGACCCAAAAUUCAUGGGUGACAUCUUUCGAAGACUAGCUAGCCCAAACCAGGUGGACAAACUCAAAGCGUGCACGGAUGAAAACAUGUUGGUCGGCGGAGGCACCGCGGUGUGCCAGCCUGCUUCCGGCAUGCCAACGCAUCGCUUCCUGACUGUCAGCCAGCCUUGGCGCCUCAUCUGCCGCCCGUCCGCCGGCGUCACCGCGCCAUCCGUCUGUCUGCGACCUUUCGAUAGGCUCGCCUCGGUCCGAUUAUUCUGCGCGACCCCGCGUGACCUCCAGCUGGGCGCCGUGACAACGGGACGCUUAAAAAUGUCGGAGCAGAUAUUGGCUGGACGCAUCUCCCGAGAAUCUCCCUCGGGGUUGAAACCGACCCAGACCGCCUGGUCGGAAUGCCGGCAGAAGGACGUCCGUCCGUCCGUCCGUCCGUGCAGUCAGGCUUCAUGAAGCCAAGCAGUUCAAUUCAAGGUCAACAUUUUGUAAUCCUGCUUUCUUGAAAUAUUUGGCUACAUUUAGUGUUAUUGAAUUUUUGGCGUGCCGAGGGUCCGUUGUAUCUUUAAAGGCCCGAUUGUUUUGUUCUGUUUUUGUUCAGGUUCUGCACCCAAGUUUUCCUGAAGUCUCUGAAUGAUUCAUAUUCUGGGGGUGAAGAAUGAAUUGUUUUGUUGUUGUUGUUGUUGUUUUUUUGUUUUUGUUUUUAUUCUUUUUACAUUCUUGUUAGACAUACUUUGAGAAUCAGCACCUCCAAAUCUGAGACCGUGGUCCUCAGUCGGAAAAGGAUGGCGUGCCCUCUCCGGGUCGGGAAUGAGAUCCUGCCCCAAGUGGAGGAGUUCAAGUAUCUUGGGGUCUUGUUCACGAGUGAGGGAAAAUGGAACCGGAGCUCGACAGGCGGAUCGGUGCGGCGUCUGCACUGAUGCGGACUUUGUAUCGAUCCGUUGCGGUAAAGAAGGAGCUGAGCCGAAAGGCGAAGCGCUCGAUUUACCGGUCGAUCUACAUUCCUACCCUCACCUGUGGUCACGGGCUGCGGGUCGUGACCCAAAGAACGAGAUCCAGGAUACGAGCGGCCGAAAUGAGUUUUCUUCGCAGGGUGUCCGGGCUCUCCCUUAGAGAUAGGGUGAGAAGCUCGAGCAUCCGGGAGGGGCUCAGAGUAGAGCCGCUGCUCCACCGCAUUGAGAGGAGCCAGCUGAGGUGGCUGGGGCAUCGGAUUCGGAUGCCUCCACGUCCCAACGGGAGGAGACCCCGGUGGACGACCCAGGACACGCCGGAGAGACUCCGUCUUUCGGCUGGCCCGGAAACGCCUCGGGAUUCCCCCGGAAGAGCUGGAGGAAGUCCGGGCGCAAUAAUCUGGGACAAUGUCGAUUGUGCGAAUGUUGCAGAUACUCCUCAGUCGAUGUGCAAAUGGAGCAGCGCGGCGAGACAACUACUAAGCCCUUAUCCCCCUCCCCUCUUUCCCAUCUCACUCCCCCCUCCCUGUUCUGCUUUCAGGCGGUGGAAGCUAUGCAGUCCUUCCGUGAGCGCACUGGCGGUUACCACAGCAACCAACCCUGCUACCAGCAGGAGCCCCACGAAUUAUCACGCCUGGAGACGUACCGACACCCACAUCAUGCUCACCCUCAGCUUCCCCAUCCGGGCCCUGGCCCAGGGCUUUCGAGGUCAACGUAUGAGGCCCGCUCACUGGUAAACGCCACAAGUAUGUCUACAGCCACGGCGGCAGGAAUCGGAGGAGCGCCUAAGGACAUCUACAGCCAGCCAGCCUACCCCGGUUUCCCGGUCAAUGGUGGCGGGAAUGGAAACGGAGGCUUGGCAUCCUCGCAGGCGAAGAAGAAAAUCCUCAAAUUCCCGACGCCAAGUUCUGGUCAACAUCUACAGGGCCAUGGAGGUUACAGUAACCCCCUGGGUCCUGGGACCUACUCAGCCCAGUACAUGGGCGGGGGCCACCUCCAGCAGAAAUGGGAAGACCCAGCUCAGUUGACGUCGUACGAGCAUGAGAUGGUUGGGCGUAUGGAGGCUGGGGGUGCCCCUGCCCCUAACUCCUCACAGUACAUGGAGCAGAACAUGCUAGGCCACUCCCAGCCCCAGUGCCACCAGCCCCCCACCCCCUCUUACCCCAGCCCCCAUCACCAGUCACACCCAACCAACCCUUCCCCUUCUCCUUUAGUCUAUCCACAAAGUCACCUGCACUAUCCCCAACCUUCGCCCUCUCCUUCACCUUACAUAGAAAAGUGCAGCCCCAUGCCGCCGUGCUAUAAAGGUUAUAGCAUGACCCCGACUUCCCAGUAUGGCAGACAAAUGAGCAACCACAGUAAUCUGAAGCAAGGAGGCUACAGGCCAUCCCAGAAUAGCUACACCUACCAACACUCGAGAGCUUAUGAGCCACAGCCUUCACUGCAAGCCAUGAGCAACCCCCAGGAAACCCACCCAAAAUACCAGCACUUCAGCCAACCACAAGCCAACUACUGUCUCUCUGAACUGUCUGUGAGGUCGCCGGAACAGUAUUAUCAAACUUGCAGCCCCUCCUCAAGCCACUCUCCCGCGCGCUCAGUAGGACGCUCCCCUUCAUACAGCUCCACCCCUUCGCCGUUAAUGACCAAUCCGGAGUCAUUCCAGUACGGACAACCGCCCAUCACCCCAGGGGCGGCCUCGUCGUCGUCCUCCUCCUCAGCAGGCCACCAAGAGCAAGGCGGUUCCAAUGCGAUGUUGUUGCCCCCACGCUCGCACCCAUCACCCAGUGUGCCCCACGCAGCGUCUCACAGCUUCACAAACACACUGCAAGGACCCACCGUGAAGGAGCGGUUCUCGGAAAAGCUGCUGUCAAACCCCAGCCUGUGGAGCCUGAAUGUCCUCACCUCUCAGGUAGAGAACAUAUCCAACAAUGUCCAACAGUUGCUACUUUCAGAGACUCUGGUGGCCAACAAGAAAUCCACCAAACGAAACAGUGGCGGAAGCAACAGCAGUUCUGGAAGUGCAGCAUCCUCCAGAAAAGGCGAGGAGUACAAAAGUGCGUAUCCCGAAAGUGCUGGCAGUGUAGGUGGAGGCCCAAUGCAGGAGCUUUACUCUAAUGUGCAGCAUCAACGGAUGCCUAUGGAACUACAUGAGGGAGGCUACUCCAGCAGCAGUGAUGAGCAACUGGAGAGAGGCUACUUCUACAGAAGCCAGGGCAGGAGUCCAGCUCAACCUCCCAGCAACACCCACAUUAACGUGGACACGGUCUCGUCCUGUUCCAUGACAUCUCCAGAUGACGUGUCCACCAGGUCUGGAGACUCAGGAUUGCACAACUUUGCUCCUGACCCAAUUAGAUGUCAGUCAGUGCAAGGAGGAGAUACCACUCCGGUGAAGAGCAUCAGUGAGGGGAGGUCUCCUAUCAGCCUUACAAUUCCCAGUCCGAUUAAACCUGACACAGACUCAUCUUCGGACAUACAGCAGAUCAUUGAGCCUGUUAAAGAACACUUUGAGGAAUCCGCAUGGAUGGAGAAGUCAGCUGACAAAGAAGCGGAGACUAGGCCAAAAACACCUGCAUAUGAAGGAGACGUAAUUCAACCGACAGAGAGAGAGGAGAAAUGGUCCGAUGAGGACAAAUGUUCAUUUCUAUACAGCCAAGUAAACAAAGGGCAAGCAGAAAAAGACUUUUGCUAUGCGGAGACUGUGUUUGAAGGGGUCCAGAGAAAAUAUGACCCAGAUUCACUUGAACAGUCCCCAGCUGCGUGCUCUGACUCAAGCCACAAUUUUGUCCAAGAGAUAAAAGAAGCAUACAAAUCAGAGUCGUCAAUUGCUUCCGAGAGCUCACUGAAAACUUUCAAUCCUGUGAGUGACUUUGAACAGGAUCAAUAUUCCACAGAGAAGGAGGACAGCACCGACAACGCCUCUCCAACCUCUCAAAUUGAGAAACAUUCAAAGAAGACAGAGAGCCAAGAAUUGAUUGAAGAGGACAACGAUGAACAAGAAACAGACUUAGCUGAACGAAAGCAGUAUGCUCUUUCCCAUUCCCUCUCUGAUGAGUUGAGGAAGGAACGAGGGGAGGAGGAGAACAUUUGCCAGUCAUUGACUUCUGAGUUCAUGAAUAAUAGACACGGAUCUGAGAAGCCUUCUACAGACCUUUGCAACAGGACAGAGAAUCAAAGGCCCGAGCGCCAUAGUGACAAUGAGCUUGCAGGAGUGCCAGCACAUCCAAAUGUGGCAGCGGCGCCGGAUGCUUCUUCCAGAGAAUCGGCCAUCGGUGAUACUGCUCCGCAGCCCCAAUCUGCUAUGCCGGUCUUCUCCGCUCUCAAUGAUAAUCACAUUGAUCACAGCGAUGCUAAAGUGCUGGAGCCAGACUCUCCCCAGCUGCCUGGGAAGUCAAUACUUCCCUCAGCCCCCUCCUGGGCAGACACACCACCCUCCCCGAAGAAAGGUGACGAGGACAUGGAGCCGGGCCUCAGCUGCUCCAGUGCCGUGACCCCCUUGGCCAAGCCAGAGCCUGUGGCCCCAUCUGCUCAACCCAGGGCAUUUGGACGUAAGCAUGCAAGGGGGAGAAGGAAAAUGAUGCUCUCAAGUGUGGCAAUCAGGCGACAGCUAAGCUUGGAAAGGGACGAAGAGAAGGACGAAGAAGGAGACCCCCUGGCCUCAGAGAAAACCUGCAGGCCUCACAGCAAAACUAUUCUGUUCUCAAAUCAAACUGACUUAGCCCAUCAGGAAUCAGUAGUGAGCCAGGCAACCAAAAUGUUCACUGAAGGCCUGAGUUCAAGAAUGUGCACACGCUCAUUCAACGCGGCAGACUUACCAUCCAAAGGCGAGGCUCAUUUGAAAAGAAAACCGGGCCCAAAACCUGGACCCAAACCAGGACUAAAAAAUGGAUCAAAAACAGGGCCAAAACCGAGAAGCAAACCAGCCCCUAAACUUGCCCCGAAGCCUGGGCCAAAACCUGGACUUAAAUCAGGACUAAAGGCUGUGUCAAAUACACCAGUUCCAGCAGAAAACAUCGAGGCUCUGGGGAAACAAAAACCAGGGUCCAAACCAGGCUUAAAACCUCCAUCAAAACCUGGGCCUAAACCUGUUUCAAAGUCGAGUCCAAAACCAGGACUCAAAUCUGCAGAUGCUUUGCCACCCACUGAAAACAUAACCAUCAAGGCCCCUGUUGGUCGUCCCAAAGGCUCAGUUUCUAAGGUGAAGCAGACCCAACAAGAAGAAAUGAUUCCGCAUUUGACAGGGCCACAAGGCAGGGGCAGAAAAAAUAUAAAGACUACACUAUCACAAAUACACCAGGAGAUAAAAGUAAUAAACCAUGACGAAAAGCCCCCAAAUGACAUCAAAUCACAACAGAAUGACAGUCAAAAUAUGACCUUAAGGUCAAGAAAGCCCUCACAGACGAAAGUAUCAAAAGAAAAGGAAAAAAACAUGCACAAAGAUCUUUUAACACCAGCCCUGACAGAAAUUGGCACAACAGAUUGUUGUAAAAAAGAGGAACGUUCAACUAAGGAACAAUCUCUUACUCCUUAUAUUGUGAAAGACAUAGAUACUCCAACAGAAUGUCCUGCAAUGCUUCCAGCUGAAACUAUUGAAGAAAAGUCCAUGCUUCCACUAAAAUGUCAGUCAUCCAUGGAACCCUCUCCAGUGCCUGUGAAGAAAAAGAGGGGCCCAAAGCCUAAACCGAAACCACUGCAACCUCAAGCCGCACCACUGGAGCAAGUUGUCUCCACACCUAAAGAGGCAGACGUUCCGGGGCCCAGAAGAAAGAGAGGGCCACCCAAGAAGGAGUCUGAGGUCCCCUAUCAACCCAAACAUACUCCCUCUAAUGUCACUGAAAGUGAGCAAGGCGAUGUGCCAGUAGUGCCUCCUCACUGCCCCACUAGAACAAAGGUUCUCCCUCCACGGAAGGGCAGAGGACAGAAAUAUGAGGCCAUGGUGCAGAAAAUCACAUCGCCUAGCUCGAAGAAAUACCUCCCGACUCCUCAGACAGACAUCAAUCUCAACGAUGACGCAACAACUAAGGACUUUUCUCCGCACGCUCUCAAAGACGGGGAGACGGCUAUUCCUGUAAAUGGCGCUGAAAUGAUGGAAAGCGAAGCGAAAAGCAGACUAGAAGGUGUGAAACACCCUGAAGGUGCCACAAGAAAAGAGGUCAAACGAGAGAGUGAAAAGCAGGAGAUAAGUCAAGGAGCACCAGUGUCAGAGGACUUGAAACAAAGGCUGUUAGAAGAAGAUCUAAAUGAUGAUGGGCCAAUACAAGAACAUAAGCCUGGGACAAUGCGCAAUGUCCAAAGAGCGAUGGAGGCUCAGGUAGACCUCGGUCCUCGAGAAGAAUGGACCCAACAGGCAAAAGCGCUUGUAAAUGCAGAUGUAUCUACAUCCAAGUCCUCAAAAAGGAAGCGAUGGGCCAUGGUGGAGAGUACAGAUGCCUCUGUCGUAGCUUUGGAAGCGGGGAGCCUAAUAGUGACAACCCCGAGAGCGGCCAAGCAGAGGGCCAUUAAAAACAACCAUGAGAUGCACUUAAAGCAAAAGAGGAAACGAAAAGGUCAGGCUGCACCAGAAGAAACAGAAGCAGCAAAGGAGAUCAAAGUUGAAGCUACAGAGCAACAAGACGGGAUAGUGGAAGAGACGAUAACCCCUUCAGAGGUGCCCACAGUGCCAAUCAGUACAGAUGAUAUCAAAGAAGGCCCCGUGGUUGGCAACAUAGAACUCGUCCAGAAAUCGAGAAGAGGAAGAAAACCAUCUGCAAAUCCAGUUAAGCGGAAACGGGGGAAAUCCUCAUCCGAGGAGAUUUCUGACAAGCCGGUGAAAGUCUACAAAAAGCCGGGGCCAAAACCUGGAAUGAAGGAUGCCUUGGAGGUCAUAGAGGCGGUUGUGAGGGCUGCUGGCUGUGAAGCAGAAAAAGUGGAGCGGGAAAAACAGGAGGCAGAAAUAGACACGUGUGAAAAGGACGACCCCGUUGUGGGUCCUGUGGUGACAAUAUCAGAAAAACAGACUGAGACCAUUUCUGUAAAGAGAUUCAGAAACAAGCCAACACAACAAAACCCUCUGUCUUUCUGUCCGUAUGUGCGAAUGAACAACUCCAGAGACUUUUCCUCUUGGUGCGCCAUCGUCAACAAGCCCGAGGAUGUGCAAGUGUUUCAAAGACGGAGAAAAAAGGGAAUUCUCCGAAUGAAGAAUCCUUUCACGGUUGCAAAGAUAGUGCCGCACACCGCCGCUAUGCUACAAGGACCCACGGUAAAUACGGCUCUAACUGGUAGGCGACUUAUGUGUUGCCUGUGCGGAAAACCACCAAACUACAGAGAUUUGGGCGAUCUGUGUGGACCGUACUACACAGAAGAUGGAGUUCCUCGGAAACUGUUGACCAUUGAGCCCACACUUUCCCCUGGCGAUGUCCCAGAGAAGAACAACAAGGUUAAAGGUAAUGAGGAACCAUGUACAUCAAAGUCAAAGGCUGAAGAUGAGGCUGGCGGAGAGAAAGCAGACAACACACAAGAAUCACCUCAAGCGGGCAGUAGUAGCAGGCAUCACCAUUGGCCGUACAGGCGAGCAGAAAGAAAAGAGAGGACGCCACGGAAGGGCGUUCCUCGAAGGAUACCACUCCGAGAGAGGUUAAAGAGCAUGAAGCAGCUCCAGGCCGGGCUUUCCAAUAACCAAGACGGCUUGUUCCAGAGGCGGCAAGAAGAAGCAGAGGCCAGCGAGCACUGGGCCCAUGAAAACUGCGCUAUCUGGACCAAGGGGGUGAUUAUGGUGGCCGGGCGGUUAUACGGACUGAAGGAAGCUGCCGACAACUCAGCCCAAACGAACUGCCACAAGUGCCAGAUUGCGGGGGCGUCCCUCAGUUGCUGUUGGAGAAGCUGCUCUCGUAAAUACCACUACGUCUGCGCCAAAGAGAUAGGUUGCACAUUCCACGAAGAUGACUUCUCCAUCAAAUGUCCCAAACAUGAGGAUUUGUAAGAUAUCCGAGCGGACCAUCUCGCACAAGCGAGGCCAAGAUAAACGGACAGCUAAUCCUCUCAAAACGGACGGGACGACGGACUCGAGAGAACUCUGAGAGACAAGAUGCUCCCGGAGAGAGAAAGUUGUUCCAGACGAUGCGUUUGGGUGCCAAGGCACCGAGGGAGACACGGCCGUGCGUUUCAAAUGCAGAGCGUGUGCGUGCGUGCGUGCGUGCGUGCGUGUGUGUGUGUGUGUGUGUCUGUGGCCUUCCGAUGGGUUGCUAUCGUAUUCCCGCACCUGGCCGACAGACAUCGGACAGGUGCAUCCAUCUGUCCAGCUUGCCCGCAGGCCAAAAGGCGUGCGUGCGUGCGUGCGUGCGUGCGCAUACGCGGACAUCCCAAACACACCAUGUCAACAAAGAGCCACUGGAUGUGACACAAAACUGGACGCAGGUUCUAAAUAUCACUGCAGGAUUUUCAAUACAGUGGCCCCCCCGCGAAUCCAAUAGGGACCAGGAAGGACUGCAAAUAUAUAUAUAUAUAUUUGUUUUGUUUGUUUGUUUUAAACCCAACAAUUCUCGAAUGAGCAGGGUUAAUAAAAAAGGGAAAGAAAAGGAACAAAAUGUGGAAAAAAGAAAAAUAAUUGAAAGACGUUUGAAAAUAAAAUGGGGGGGGGUCAGCAAAUAGUUGAAUCCGCAGGCGGCAAACGGCAGGUAUGCGGCGGUCCAACGUACAGCGGUGCCUUGAGAUACGAGAGACCCACCUUGAGUUUUUCCAGAUAGGAGCCGUCGUUCAAAAGAUUUUUUUGCUUUGACUUG